AUGAGGUCAACAUUGGGACUUUUGCUUAUUUUUGGCCUGCAGUUGAGUUUAUUAGUUUCGGUCGAUUGCAAUGACUUUUCCUCAUUUCUAAGCGCAAAUGCUUCUCUGGCUGUUGUGGUUGAUCAUGACUAUAUGACCAUGCAUGGACAAAAUAUUAUGGCCCAUUUUGAGAAGAUACUAAGCGAUAUAAUACGUGAGAAUUUAAGAAAUGGCGGUAUUAAUGUACGAUAUUUUACCUGGAAUUCUGUGCGUUUAAAAAAAGAUUUCCUGGCUGCAAUAACGGUAACUGAUUGUGAAAAUACUUGGAAUUUUUAUAAGAACACACAAGAGACAUCCGUCUUAUUGAUUGCCAUAACAGACUCGGAUUGCCCCAGAUUGCCAUUAAAUAGAGCAAUUAUGAUUCCCCUGGUGGAGCAUGGUGAUGAGUUUCCACAAAUUAUACUUGAUGCCAAAGUCCAGCAAAUACUUAAAUGGAAAACUGCUGUCGUUUUUGUAGAUCAAACCAUUUUGGACGAGAACUCUGUGCUGGUGAAGAGCAUAGUUCAUGAGAGUACUACCAAUCACAUAGCUCCCAUUUCGUUGAUACUCUACAAAGUGAACGAUUCGUUGCAUGGCCAACAGAAACGUACGGCUCUGAGGCAGGCAUUAGGCCAAUUUGCAAUGCCCAAGCAUGAACAGAAGCAUCAACAAUUCCUGGUGAUAUCCAAAUUCCAUGAGGAUAUCAUUGAAAUAGCAGAAACAUUGAAUAUGUUUCAUGUGAGCAACCAGUGGAUGUUCUUUGUGCUGGAGGAACUGCGUCGCGAUUUUGAUGCCAGCACUGUGACCAUAAAUCUCGAUGAGGGAGCUAACAUUGCAUUUGCUUUGAACGAGACAUAUCCCGAUUGUCAGGACACAUUGAAUUGCACUAUAUCCGAGGUUAGCAUGGCUUUAGUGACAUCUAUUUCCAAGAUGAUAUCGGAAGAGCAAUCAAUAUAUGGCGAAAUAUCUGAUGAGGAAUGGGAAUCCAUACGUUUCACUAAGCAAGAGAAACAAGAUGAACUUUUGGAGUAUAUGAAGGAUUAUCUUAAAUUGAAUAGCAAAUGUGCUAGUUGUGCCAGAUGGCGUAUUGAUACGGCUAUUACCUGGGGCAAGACUCAAGAGAGUCGGCAAUUUCGCACUGCUCCAACACGCGAUGCCAAGAAUAGAAACUUUGAUUUCAUUAAUAUUGGCUACUGGAGCCCUUUGUUGGGAUUUGUGGUCCAGGAGCUAACCUUUCCUCACAUUGAGCAUCAUUUUCGGAACAUCACCAUGGAUAUUCUGACCGUACAUAAUCCACCUUGGCAAAUCCUGACCAAAAAUAGUCUGGGUCACAUAGUCGAAUCCAAGGGCAUAGUUAUGGAGAUAGUACGGGAAUUGAGUCGUGCCUUAAAUUUUACCUAUCAACUGCAUGAAGCCAAGUCAUGGGAGGAUGAGUAUGCAAUUAGCCAGAGCAAGAACGAAAGUGAAAUGGAACUUCUAGGCUCAAUGACAUAUCGCAUUCCCAGUCGUGUGACUGAACUGGCCCAGGGCAAUCAAUAUUUUCUGGCCGCUGUGGCUGCCACCAUUUAUGAUCCCGAGAAGAGAUUUUUUAAUUUCACACAGCCCAUCAGUGUGCAGAAAUACACUUUUAUUACCCGCCAACCGGAUGAGGUGUCUCGCAUUUAUUUGUUUACGGCUCCAUUUACCCAGGAGACCUGGGGAUGCCUGGUUGGCAUUAUUAUACUGACCGCUCCCCUUCUGUAUGGCAUUAAUCGUUUGGCACCUCUGGAAGAGCUACGUAUCAGAGGCUUAUCUACGAUCAAGAGCUGCUUUUGGUAUGUACUCGGAGCUCUGCUCCAGCAAGGAGGCAUGUAUCUGCCCAAGGCAGACAGUGGACGCCUCAUAGUGGGCUUCUGGUGGAUUGUGGUCAUUGUCCUGGUCACCACUUACUGUGGCAAUCUUGUGGCAUUUCUCACUUUUCCCAAAUAUCAGCCCGGAAUCGAUUAUCUUACUCAGUUGGCACACCACAAGCAUAUCUCCCAGUAUGGCCUACGAAAUGGAACGUUUUUUGAGAAAUACACCAAGACCACAACACGUAAGGACUUUAAGCGGUUCAUGGAGAAAGCCAUUAUCUACAACAAUGCAGAAUCUGAGAGAAUCGAUGCUGUGAAAAGUGGCCAACGGAUCAAUAUAGAUUGGCGUAUCAAUUUGCAAUUGAUUGUCCAGCAACAUUUCGAGCAAGAUAAGGAAUGUCAUUUUGCCCUGGGCAAGGAGGACUUUGUCGAUGAGCAGAUUGGCCUAGUUGUCCCAUUAAAUAGCGCCUACUUGCAUCUCAUUAAUCUUCACAUCGAUCGCAUGUUUCGCAUGGGUUUUAUUGAGCGUUGGCAUCAGAUGAAUCUCCCCAAUUCGGACAAGUGUAAUGGCAAAAGUGUUCUACGACAGAUAACCAAUCACAAGGUGAACAUGAAUGACAUGCAAGGAUGUUUCCUAGUCCUAAUCUUUGGCUUCAUAGUGGCCGUUCUGGUGGCAUCCAUUGAGUUCUGGUAUUAUCGCUAUCAUCUUCACCAUCAAAAACGCAAGCAAAGUGUUUUCGUCAACUAA